AUGCCGGUGACUAUCGAUGCUGCUGUUUACAACGACUGCCAAUAUAUUCUUCGUGUGCAUGGAGCUACAAGACGAUGGACUGUAAAGGCAAUGGAUGGCUCUGCUACCAGAGGACGACUCGAUCUUGUGAAAUGGCUGUCGGUAGUUCGAAGUGAGGGCUGCACAACCGCUGCUAUCGACGGAGCGGCAAGAAAUGGACAUUUGAAAGUGGUGAAGUGGCUUUCCAAGCAUUAUGUCAGGAGGUGUUCAAGUUGUGCUUUGAACGCUGCGGCGGAAAAUGGUCAUGUUGAUGUGGUGAAGUGGCUGUGCCGCCGCAAUCGUGGACAAGCUCCGUUCGUGAUUACCAACGGGGUGCAAGCUAUUGCACGUACUGGUGACACGGACGCUUUACGAGUAAUUUUGCGUGAAAACUGCAGCUGGUACUAUGUAGGUCAAGCUCUUGAAGAUGCCGCGUCUCAAGGUAUGACAGGCAUCGUGACACUUCUCUUGACGGUGAACCUCCGACAACAAAACGUCACUCGCGCAUUAAAGAAUGCGGUGGCCAUGGAGCACAUUGAAAUCGUACACGUUUUGGCUGACCUCUGCUCCUCUUCAGAGCUCCGAGCCGCACAUCCAAACAUGAUGGCCGAGUGCAACACCAAGAUUACUGACUUCCUCCGGAAGACAGCGGAGGGGAGAGAUGUUGAAGAAAAAUGGGGGUAUUUCAGGACGCAGCAGAAGACACUCGAUCGGACGAAGGCAUCUCGUGGUCUUAGAAGGAAUCAGGACAAGUCUCUGUCGUUUAGCAGACUUCUUCGGUCGUGGUGA